GCACUGGUCCACACGCCACUGAAUCGACUAGUGUGUGCAGAUAGCGAGAGUGGCGCGCGAUCGUGCGUAUAUUUACUACAGAAGGGGAAUUUGGGGAGAAAACGCCCGCCCCGAGCCCGAGUGACCCCCUCCGCCCCAUCCACCGCGGCCCCUCGGCGCGCCCGACGCGAUCGAACACAGCACAGCCGCUGCAAACUCGCUACAGGCCGCAUUGGGCGCGGCGCUACACUUUGCAUACAAUAUACGUCAUGGAGCUGAAGGGGAAGGUCGCCUUGGUCACGGGAGCCGCUGCCGGCAUCGGCUUCGCCUACUGCGAGGAACUACUCAAGCAAGGUGCUAAGGUUUCCUUAUGCGAUAUCGAUUCUGAAAUCGGAGAGCAGGUAUCCGAUGAGCUUGGAGCCAAGUAUGGCCGGAAGAACGUGCUGUUCUGCCAGUGUGACGUCACAGACUAUCCACAAUACGAGGAGGCGUUUGAGAUGACAAUAAAAGUGUUUAAUCGACUGGAUAUAGUUAUAAACAAUGCAGGAGUUAUGAACGAUCGAUUUUGGGAACUGGAAGUCGAUGUCAAUUUGAACGGAGUUAUCCGUGGCACAUUGUUGGCGUAUCGCUUCAUGGGCAAAGACCGCGGUGGUCAAGGCGGGACCAUCGUCAACACGGCGUCAACCGCGUUCGCAAGACCACAGGUCUCUACGCCCAUCUACACGGCCACUAACUACGCUGUUGUUGGUCUUACACGCGCGUAUGGGGAUCAGUACCACGUAGGGCUGACGGGCGUGCGCAGCAUGGCGCUGUGCCCCGGUCUCACCGACACGGGCCUUGUCAAGGAGAUCCGCAAGCAACUCAUGUCCUCAGAAUACGAGGCCGCCUGGCAACGAGAUCAUGUCAACUGCAAAACUCAGAGCCCAGAACAUGUUGGUAGAGCUCUCAUAGAAUUAUUAAUGAAGGGCCAGAGUGGCUCAGUUUGGGUUGUCGAGAAUGGUCAGCCGCCGCGAGAAUGGCGCGGCUAAGUUAAGAACUGGCAACAUUGAAUAUCACAAAACAUGCUCCAAUUUCAACGCAGAACUCAUUGGGAAAUUGAACCAUACGCUUAUAGGAAUAAAGCUAAGCAAUAUAUUUCUCAUUCAUAAA